AUGGCUGUGUUGUUGUUGGGCGGCGUUGUUGCUACAAUACCGAGCAGAACCUACUUGCCACCCCAAUACAUCACCCAGCCGCAGCUGACCGUGCAGCGUCCACAGAAUGUCUACUUGCCACCUGCAGCUUCCUAUCGCCAGGUGAGCCGUGUGGUAUCGAUACCAGAACGCACGUACUUGUCGCCCUCCGUUCAGAUCGGACAGCCGCAAUAUAUAUCGCGACCUCAGCUGGCUGUGCAGCGUCCGGUGGUGCAGCAGGUGGUGCGUCCCCUCAAUGUAUAUCUGCCACCGGCUGCUGUGCAACGCCCAGCCAUAUCCAUUCUGUCCCAGCCACAGUAUGCCUCGCCAUCUCGCACAUAUCUGCCGCCCCAGGCAGCUGCAUCCGGCCUGGAGGAGCAAUACGAUAUUGAUUUGCGUGGACUUACUCUGGAUUUAAAGCUCACCACAGAUGAUCGAUCAUCCUUGCAGCAGCACUUUGUCCUGGCUCUGGCUUUGGUGGGGUGCGUAGCCGCUGAGGCGGGCUACAAUUAUGCAGCUCCCGGCUCCGCUGUGGCUGCCUCCGUUGCGGCUCCGGUGAAAUCCUUUGUGGCACCUCAGGCUCAUCACUUUGCAGCAGCUGCCUCUGCUCCUGCUCCAGCUGCAGCUCCGGUCUUCCAUGCCGCUGCAUCCGCUCCAGCUCCGACCAGAACUUAUGUGCCGCCUGCUGCAGCUCCUGCUGCCCAUCACGCAGCUGCCUCUGCUCCCGUGCAGUCCUUUGCCCCAGCUGAGUCAGCUUCUGCUUCCGUUCAGACGUAUGUGCCACCUGCUCCACAGGCUGCCCGGCCAGCUGUUGUCCCAGCUCAUGUUGCUGCACCAGCUGCCGUAGCUCAGGUCCAGCAUCAUGCUGCUGCCUCUGCUCCCGUGCAAUCCUUUGCUGCUCCAGCUCAGAGCUUCCAAUCUGUAGAAUCCUCGGAUUCCAACUAUGAAGCAGCUGCCUCUGCGUCUGCUUCUGCUCCUGCAGUCGCUCACUCCGGCUACGAGUACAGAACUGUGCGUCACCGCGUCUACAGGCAUCGCGCCUAAGUCGCACACUUGAAGGAUUUACAAGAAUAUAUGCAAUAAAAAGCAUACCCCGAUUAUAAACUCGAAUCAAAUACCUAUAAAAUGCUGGGUGGAAGGGAUAUUGUG